AUGGUGGUCAACAAGUCCACCAAACGCCACGCCCUGGGAGCCAUGGACGCACUCAGCGAGCUCUUUACCUCCUCGCUGCUGCCCGACUCGCGCAAGCUGCGCUGGCUGCACCAGCAGCCGCUGCUUCUCCUGUCCCCGUUAAAAGCAUCCUCGUUACAAGCAUCCCCGCUACAAACUGCCUCGCAGCAGUCAAAGGCUGAGGGAAAAGCAGGAGGGAAGGUGACUGUAGCGGGGGGAGACGCGGGCAGGAGGCUGCUGCGGCUGUGGCGAUACGAGGAGUGUUUAAAGGAGCGGUUUGAGAGGUUUUUGGAGGGGUUGGAGGAGGGCGGAAAGGACGUGGUCGAGUUCGUGCGGGAUAAGGUGCUUCGAAUUCUGCAUGCCCUGCUGUCGAGCAAAGCCGAGGGGGAGAGGAGGGUGCUGCUGGCUCUGGUGAAUAAGCUGGGAGACCCAAGCAGGAAAGUCGCCUCUAAAGCCAGCUAUCUACUGGGCUGUCUGCUAGACGCCCAUCCCAACAUGGCCCCUGUGGUGGUGAAACACGUGGAGGCGUUUGUCUUCCGCCCCAACAUCAGCACGCGCGCGCGGCACUACGCAGCGGUCUUUCUGAACCAUAUUACUUUGUCCCACAAGGGGCUGGGUCCCAUGCUCGCCAGGCAGCUCAUUGACCUGUACUUUGCUCUGUUUAAAGUGGUGACGGUGGGUGGGGGUGGGUACGGGGAGGGGGAGGGGGAUGCGAAGGGGCGGUGGGAGGGGAGAGGCGAGGGGAGAGGAGGAGUGAGGGGAGGAGGGAGGGGGAGAGGGAGGGGAAGGGGAGGAGGACGGGGAGGAGGGCGAGGAGGAAGAGGUGGGAGGGGAGGGAGAGGAGGAGGAGGGAGAGGUGGGGGGAGGAAGGGGAAGGACCAGUUUGUGUCGGCAGCAGCAGCGGCGGGAGUGGGUGGUGUGGAGGGGCAUGAGUUGGAGGCAGAUAGUGCACUGCUCGGAGGGCGAUGUCAGAGAGGUGAUAGAGACGCACACCCCCCUGCUGUUCCGCAUGGUGCACGCGGCCAGCUUCAACCUGGGCGUGCCCCUCCUUUGCCUCUUUCCCUCUUUCUCUGCCCCCUCCUUUGCCUCUUUCCCUCUUUCUCUGCCCCCUCCUUUGCCCCGUCCUCUCUCUUUGUAGGUGUCAACCGUGCAUUUCGGUACGUCGCUGAAGACGAUGUGACAGAGGUCAUUGAGACGCACACCCCUCUGCUCUUCCGCAUGGUGCAUGCGGCCAGCUUCAACCUGGGCGUGCAGGCGCUGCUGCUGCUCUUCCAGCUCAUGGCCAAGAGCGCGGCUCUCAGCACCCGAUACUACCGUGCUCUCUACUCUGUUCUCUUCUCGCCCGCCCUGGCUAAAUCCUCCAAGGGUCCCAUGUUCAUGGCGCUGGUGUUCAAGUCAAUGAAAGCAGACGUCAACCUGCCGUGCAUAGCAGCGUUUGCCAAGCGGCUGCUGCAGGUGGCGCUGCAGCAACAGGCCACCUUUGCUUGCGGAGCUCUUCUUCUUAUUUCCCAAGUGCUCAAGCUGCGACCCAUGCUGUGGAGCGCUAUUUUAGAACCAGAAGCGAAUACAGACGAUGUGGAGCAUUUUGUGGAUGUGGAUAAGGAAGCAGCUAGUAACGAGGAUGGAUCUCUCGAGGGGAAGGAGCAACGGAAAGGAGGAGGGGAGGAGGGAGAUGAGGAAGAGGAGGAAGAGGGGAGAAAGAGGAAGGAGGGAACAUACGAUCCAAAGCAGAGAGAGCCAUCCCUGUGCCAUGCGGAUAGGGCGUGCUGGUGGGAGCUGGCAGCAUUGGCAGCGCACGUGCACCCCACGGUCUCUCGUCUCGCCGCCUCUUUACUCUCAGGGGAACCCGCCUCUUUCACAGGCGACCCCAUCCAGGACCUCUCCCUCUCCGCCUUCCUCGACCGCUUUGCUGAGAAGCAGCAGAUGCGGAUGAAGGCUGCAGGGAGGGAGAAUGCGGCUUCGGCUGCUGCGGUGGCUGCGGCGGGAGGGAGGAGAGGCGUGGGGUUUGCGGGUGCGGUGGGGAGGGAGGUGGGGAAGGAUGGGGGGAAGGGGCAGGUUCAGGCGCAUGAUCUGUUUUUUCACCAGUUUUAUGCGAUGCAAGGGGUGUUGGGUUCGAGAUGGAAUAAGGGGGAGAAGAAGGGGGGAGAGGGUUGGGGCAAGAGAAGGGAGGAGGAGGAAGAGGAGGGACUGGAUGUCGAUUUGAAGAUUGCAGAGGAUGGGGAUAUGAGGGAGGAUUUGGAGGAGGGGGAUGAGGAAGGGGAGGAGGAUGAAGGGGAAGAGGAGGAAGAGGAGGAUGAGGGAGAGGAAGAGAAAGGGUUUGCGGGGGGAGGGUUCCUGGAAGUUUCUGAUGAUGAUGAGGCUGCUGACGAGGCGAUUAAAAAUUGGAUGGAGGAGGAGGGAGGCGAUGGGGGGAGCGAUUUGAGCGAGGGGGAAGAGGGCGUGGAGGAUGUGGAAGAGGAGGUAGAUGAGGAUGAGGAGGAAGAGGAGGAAGGGGAUGGGGGCUUUGAUUAUGAUUAUGAUGACAUGGAUGAUUUGCCUGGGGAGGACGCGGUGGGUGAUGAGGAGGAAGAGGAGGAAUUGGAAGAGGAGGAGGAAGAGGAAGAUGAGGAAGGGGAUGAGGACAAGGGGGCGGGGGAGGGGGAGGAGGGAGAAAGUGAGGAGGAAGAACAGGAGGAGGUAGCAACUAAGCCAGGCUCAAAGAAGGGAGGCAGCAGUGGGAAGGCAAAGACGGGAGGUGCUCUGGAAGAGAUGCAGAGAGGAGGGAGCAAGAGAGGCACAGCCGAUCGUAUUGAUGAUAAUGGCGUUGUGGGGAAGCCUUUGAAAAAACAGCGGAAAGGGGAAGUGGGGGUUGAUGCUGCUGGGAGGAAAUUCAAGAAUGUGGACAAGAAGAGUCGUGGUGGAAAGAUGAAAGGGGGUUUGUCUAGUAGCCCUUUUGCGGACUUUGAUUCUAAUUACACGCGACGCAACAACGCGUACACUAUUGUUGGCAACUCCCUCAAUCGCACCACCCGCACACAACCCGCAACAGUGCAUUCUCCGCCUGCCUCUUCCGCCCUCCUCUUACGCCCCGCUCCUCCGCCCCCCUCUUCCGCGCCGCUCUUCCGCCCCGAACUUCCGCCUGCAUCCGUCUUCCGCAUCUUCCGCGCCCUCCUCGCCUCGACCAUCACCCGCUUCAAAUCCCUAAAUCCAUUGUCGCGAGAGAAUAUUCUCCUACGUCCUCUUAGCGGCUCUCCACCUCUUGAGACGCACGUGGGCGAGGCGGCGGAGAAGGGAUCAGCGGCGGUGAUCCUCCGGAUAGUGCGCGAGCACGGACCGUGCAAUAAAAAUGUCUUAUGGACGCAUGCAGAGGAGGCGGGAGUGAAGAGCAAGCGGCACAUGAAGCUCAUGCUGCGGUGGCUCAUAGAGAAGAAUCAGAUCCGCAUUAAGUGCCUCACACAUGACCCCUCAGCGCCACACCAACAGCCUGGGAUCGCAGGUUCGGCAGGAGGAGCAGCGGAAGCAGCUGCUGCUUCAAGGGGAGCUGGAUCGGGUGCUUUUGCUGCGGCGGCAGCGGCUAGAGUGCAAUCGGCAGGUGUGAAGAAGAGAUCGACAAAGCAUGUGUCUGUAGAAAAGGAAUUUAUUUACUCCAUUGCCCUGAGAUAUGUUCCACCAAGCUCGUGA